ACCUUACCAUUAAGUUUUAUCACAUACAUGUCACUCAAAGUUAUAGCCAGCUAGUUCUUUAUAUGUGAACCCUAAAUAGAAGAAGAGAAUUCUCAGUUUUAGACCUACACCGCAAAUAAAAAAAAGGAGAUGUCGGACAGGCCAGCGAUUGAGACAAUAAACCAACAAGUGGACGAGUUAAAGGAUGUAGUAAAGGAUAACAUCGAUAAAGUUUUAGAGCGAGGAGACAAGUUAGACGACCUGCAAGGCAGGGCAGAGGAACUAGAACAAAACGCGAACAGAUUUAAGAAGACUGCAAACAAAGUGAAGGAGAAAAAGAAAUGGCAGAAUCGAAAACUUUGGAUCAUACUUUCUGUUGUUGGGACAAUUUUAAUACUAGCUAUAGUUUUAGCCGCUUUAGGAUUUAGUGGUCAAUUAAAUGGUUAAUUUCGGACAGUACUGAUUCUUAUUUUAUGGUUGAACUAUUGAUAAAUUCUUUUCUAUGGGUUAUAAAACCAUUUGAAUGCAUUAUUGACGAAUUGUAUUAGCAUAAUAUUUUCAUGGAUUUGAAUCAGUGGCGGAUCCAGAAUGUGGGGCCGCGUUGAGCCCCCCACCCCCCACCCCGGUCCAUGGCAAAGCCCUGGUGGUGGCAAAUAGGACAAAGCCCCCGGAAGCUUCCAGGUUUUUUCUUAACGAUGUUGUUGAUUUAUUAAUGUCUAUGUUGAUGAUAACGCUUAUAGCAAUAGGACCCACGCUUGUAUCAAGGAAACACAGAGUAUUAUCAUACCAUCUGUAAAUGUUUCAAGUAUUCAAGAUAUUUAUUGGAUGAUGUAACUUCCUUCCCGGUAUUCAGGUGGACAGAUUUAAGGAGACUGCAAACAAAGUAAGGAAGAAAACAAAUGGCAGAAUCAAAAGAUUGAAAUCAUAGUUGCUUUGGUUACAAUGUAUGAUAAUUUUGAUAAUGCUUAUAUUUUUACCCGCACUAUGAAUUGAUAUGGUGAAAUAAUUUUAAGUGUCUAAUUUCAUUAUAUGUAAUAGCAAAUAUUGAUAUACUUAUUCAAGAGUGACUUGAAAGUCAUUGGAUAUUGACUAAACAAUUUACAUCAACAUUUAUAAUUACAUGGAUUCAAAUAGAGAUCUUUGUAUUUUUUUUUUCAUUUUCUUCGUAUAUAUGAUAUGUAUCAUUGUAUAUUAAUAAUUUUUUUUUUUUAAUGUUGACUUCCAAAUUGUCUUCUCAAUAAAAAUUCAUUUUUGUUUACAUCCUUUUAGAUUAUCUUCUGGCAUUCAU